CAGAUCACCCCCACCCUUUUUCCACGCCUCUCUUUCUGUCUCUCUUCAAAUCUCCUCCCAUAAGAAGAAGCUUCGUACCCUUUCCUCACAGAGAGAGACCUCCAGUGACACCAAUGGCGUUAGAGUGGGUGGUUCUAGGCUACGCCGCUGGCGCAGAGGCGAUCAUGCUCCUCGUCCUGACCAUCCCAGGUCUGGACGCACUUCGCAACGGACUCAUCACCGUCACUCGCAGCCUCCUCAAACCCUUCCUCUCGAUCGUACCCUUUUGUCUCUACCUCCUCAUGGACAUCUAUUGGAAGUACGAGACUCGCCCUUCGUGUGAAUCUCAAUCGUGCUCUCCCUCGGAACAUCUCCGCCAUGAAAAGUCGAUCAUGAAGUCCCAGCGUAACGCUCUUCUUAUUGCUUCGGCUCUUGUGUUCUACUGGUUGCUCUACUCGGUUACUGGGCUCGUUGUUAAGGUUGAUCAGUUGAACAAGCGCUUGGAGAGGUUGAAGGCGCAGAACUGAUUGCUGGGUUGAUCAGAUAAGUCUGUUUUGUCUCGAUUUGUCAAUCGAUUCGAACGUGAACUUUGUUGUUAGGAUCUGUGUUGUUUUGGAUGACUUUAAGUUGUACCGCACGUCUAUCAUUGCGUGUGGACAUCGAGGGUUUCCUAUUUCUCGUGGGUA